AUGGCCGCCACGAAGGAAUACAGCCUCCUCGUCCUGGAGAACCCUCUCCUCGAUAUCCAGGCCGUUGGCAACCAAGAGCUCCUUGACAAGUACAAGCUCAAGGCCAACGAUGCUAUCCUCGCGUCUGAGGAGCACCUCAGCAUCUACGAGGACCUUCUUACCAACUACGACGCCAAGCUGAUUGCCGGCGGCGCUGCCCAGAACUCCGCUCGCGGUGCCCAGUACCUCCUGCCCCCCAACUCGGUCGUCUACCUCGGCGGUGUCGGCGAUGACAAGUACGCCGCUAUCCUCCACGACGCCGUCAAGGCUGCCGGCCUCCGCGUCGAGUACCGCGUCGACUCCAAGACCCCCACCGGCCGCUGUGGUGUCGUCAUCACCGGCCACAACCGCUCCAUGUGCACCGAGCUCGGCGCCGCCAACACGUACGCCAUGGACCACAUUGACCGCCCCGAGAUCUGGCAGCUCGCCCAGAACGCGGACAUCUUCUACGUCGGUGGCUACCACUUCACCGUCUGCCCUCCCGCCAUCAUGAAGCUGGCCCGCGAGGCCGCCGCCAACGACAAGGCCUUUGUCCUCUCCCUGUCCGCCCCCUUCAUCUGCCAGUUCUUCAAGGAGCCCCUCGACGCCACCGUCCCCUACUGCGAUUACAUCAUCGGCAACGAGACCGAGGCCGCCGCCUUUGCCGAGUCCCACGGCCUCCAGUCCGCCGACCUCAAGGCCCUCGCCCGCGAGGUCGCCAACCUGCCCAAGGAGAACACCAAGCGCAAGCGCGUCGUCAUCUUCACCCAGGGCACCGAGCCCACCUUUGUCGCCGUCCAGGGCGAGGACGAGGUCAAGGAGUACCUGUCAAGGCCAUUGAGAAGGAGAAGAUCUCACGACACCAACGCGCCGGUGACGCCUUUGCCGGCGGCUUCCUCGCCGGCCUCGUCGAGAAGAAGUCCCUCGCCGAGAGCGUCGACCGCGGCCAGUGGCUCGCCAAGCUGUCCAUCCAGGAGCUCGGCCCCUCGUACGUUCCACUUCGACCCUCUGGUCCCGUCCAUCUCGUCCUCUGCAGACAGGGCUAAUUUUCUAUCCCACUAG